GAAUGUUAAAAGACAGCGCUCUGUUAAAUGAGCUCGUUAUCUGGCCUGGUGAACAUCGGAGUACAUACUCGUAAUAUGGUCGAAGAAAUUUAACAACGGUUUUAAAUAGAUAAAUGACAGAGGUUUUGAAUUAUCUUGUGUUUCAAAUGCAACAAAUUCAACAAAUCAGCAGCUGCAAUCGCUUUAUAGUCUACGGCGACAAUGAAUAAUAAGACAGCAAUGUCGAUAUAGACGACAGGAAUGUCUUCAAUUUAGCGAAUAUUUAACGGGAAAAAAGUGGUACCAGAAGACACGGACAUAUUAUGGAGUCCCUUUGCAUGAGGACCACUUUUGUAUUCCUUGUAGCCUUGACCAUGAUCCAGGCUGCAUGCUUUUUGAUCGUCGCAUCUGCCUGGCGUUACAGACGGCAUAUGAACGCUGACCGAGUGACACCAGCGGUGUGUUUAAACAAUGAAACAGACAUUGAUGUCACCAAAUCUGGUGAAUCAAAUAUGAUAGCGGAGCAAACUUUAAAAACCAAAACGCACUGCGUGAAUGUACAGCACAAGAUGAUUUAUGAAGUCAAUCAGACGGUGACAAAACUGUAUGAAAGUGGAAGAUUAGACGCCAGAGCAUACUCUAACCUGUGCAAUGCCUUUGAGGACCCUAUUCCGUACACUAGGCUUGUGGGAAUCAAUGGUUCUCUGUCACAAGAAGGCAAUACUACCCUUUUGUGGAACACUUUAAACCAGUCAGUGACUGUUCCGAACAUAUCUUAUAUAACGCACCUAGAAAAAGAAGGCCAAAUCAUGAUUCGUCAGGCAGGCCUAUACAUCGUUUCAAGCAACCUCGUCAUCGACGUCAACGCAUCCUCAGUUGCCUUCGACACUCAAACUUUCAUCCAGUACCUGUUAGUUUUAUCGCACACGUACGGAUCCACCCGAAUGCUCGGAGAGCAGAGAUUGAAUCUCAGCGGCAGACGGCAAACAAGUAGUUAUAUGAAGGCCGUAUACGAGCUUGACCGUUACGACCGCCUUUAUAUUGCUACGACUCACAUGGAUCUUGUUGAUGUCAGUAGUAAACAAAAUAUGUUUUCAGUUCAUUUUACACGUACAGCUAGACAAGGAGAGUAUGCCUAAAUGGAGUAUUGUUGUCGGUAUAGCUAUCGCUACACGUGAGCGUUUUACUAAAAAAAAAUCAGCUAAACAACAUUUUUAUAAUUUAUUCCAUUAAAAGUUAUAAUAUUUCAUGCGGAUCAGUGCUUUAACUUUUCAUCAACAUAUGUUACACGUACAAUGUAAAAAAAAAUAACGUUAUUUCGCUUACAAUCGAAAUAUAUAAUUCCAAAAAUUGUGUCAGUUCAUCAUAACACAAAAUCUAAUAACAAAAUCACGGUUAAAACAAUGAUAAAAUAAAUAAAAAGAACUGCACGGUACAAUAUAAUUCUUCUAUUUGGGACAGAUGUCAAUGUGUAUGUGGAUUUAGCAUAUUUGUUAUCUAUAACUCAACUAAGGGUCAUGCUUCUGUGUUAUUAAAAUAAGGUUUCAAGUUGCUUUA